AUGCGCAAGGCCUUGAGGCUUGCGAACCACGCCUUACACACAGGUGAGACUCCCGUGGCGUGUAUUUUCGUAUAUAGGGGAAAUGUCAUCAGUUACGGGAUGAACAAUACCAACGACUCUUUGUCUGGUAUAACCCAUGCAGAGUUUAGAGGCAUAAACGCAAUCCUUGAAAAGGUUGAGGCCACUGACAACUGGAGCACGUUUUACUCUCACCCUUGGGAUAUCUUCAGAGAGAUUGACCUCUACGUCACGGUGGAGCCGUGUGUCAUGUGUGCUUCUGCUCUGAAGCAUAUUGGCAUCAGAACGGUAUACUUUGGUUGCGGUAACGAGAGGUUCGGUGGUAACGGCUCGGUGCUGAAGAUCAACACAGAUGAUACGUCACCGAAUAGGUAUGUCUCGUACCCUGGAAUCUAUAGAAGAGAAGCCAUUUUGCUUCUGAGGGAUUUCUAUACCCAUGAAAAUAUCAAGGCACCAGUCCCAAGGAAUAAGAAGAACAGAGAACUCAAGCUGGAUUCGUUUCCCGAAUUGACCUGGUCAAAUUACCUCUCCAAGAGUGAGUUCUGUGAUUUCUUCGGUAAGGACAAGGAGCAGUGUUAUGACCUCAACGCCGAUGUACAGCAGGAUAUCGAUCUUUCGGUGCUGGACUCGGACAAUAUUGACAUAUCAGACAUCGAACAGAGUGCCCAAGAGCCCUUACAACUUAGGAAGAGGAAACUGUGUGAUACUGCAUAA